AUGCCAUAUAGCCUCAAGUUGGAGACUGUGCUAUUAACAUUGCAAACAACAGCGUUAUUGUGGAUAUGGUGGCGACAAUUACAGACUCGGUCGGAUACUAUAGACUUAAACCAUAAAAUUCAGGAAAUGGAGCGCGAUGUCGCUAAGCAUGAGAAAGCACGAGUCAAUGAAAGACGAGGACGUGUUGCUGCAGAAAAGGAGCUGCGACGUGUGAUGGAGGAGAAGCUGGACACCAGCAAGGGCUGCUUUGUACAACCCGUGGGGACGGUUUGCUCUUGCUUUAAAGUGUGCUUGGGAACGCCUCGUCAAGGCUUACUUGCGCCGUCAACGCGAGCAAUGAUAACGUUUCAUCGAAGCAUAUCGCCCGAUACUUUGCUUGGGCUAGAUGAGUUUAGUCAUGUUUGGGUUGUCUUUAUAUUUCACCAAAACACAAACGGCAAGAAUACUCGAGCCCAUGAGGGUCUACGACCGGAUAGUCAUCGUCACACGUUCCGGGCCAAGAUUUCUCCUCCAAUGCUGAAAGGACGAGUAGGUAUCUUUUGUACUCGAUCACCCCACCGACCCAACCCAAUCGGUAUCACGCUAGCAAAAAUUGAGCACGUCGAUAUUCUCAAGCGCACAGUAUCUCUCUCUGGAGUCGACUUACUCGAUAAUACGCCAGUAUUGGACAUCAAGCCAUACAUUCCAGCGUAUGACAGCCUUCCUGACGCACUUGUAGCGGCUUGGGUGUCCACUCCACAGCCAAUCAUCAAGGUUGAAUGGAAAUCCGACACGCUGAUAUCGACAAUCCACAAGCUCUCCAGCAAAUCCGUACAUUAUCGCAGUGCUUCUGAUCGCUUUGUGACUGCUAUUGAAGAGAUAUUACAAGUGGAUGUUCGUAGCAAGUACCAGACUCGUCGGUGGACGUCCCCUGACAACGUCAAUUGCCAAAUUGUCGACAACGUCCGCGUCAAAUACCGCUUUGCAUUGCUGUCUCAGCCGUCUCCGAUAAUGGAUAAAGAAAAUGUCACGGACAGGGCACACAUUCAGAUUGUUGCAGUUGAAGAAUUAUUGUGUGUAACGCCACUAGAGCAUAUAUAG